UUAGCAUGUUGAGGUUCCUUAUCAAUUCCAACUGCAAAUCUCUAUUGGUAAUCAUAUGUUUAGUGUUUUGAGCAUUGAAAACUGAUUUCUUAGAUUUUACAAUAAAGUCGUGUCUAUCUAAGAACAUUUCAAAGCAUCCCUUCAUAUUUAUCAUACUUAUUAUAUUUGAAAUUUGGCUAUUAGAAUAGUUUUCUCAAAAGAAUUCCUUAUCUGAGUUUUUGUUAUGGUAGUAUGGCCGAGGCAUUUCUUAAAGUCGUUCUUGAUAAUCUGGGAUCGCUUAUCAAGGAGGAGAUUGGACUGAUAUUGGGCGUUGAUGAAGAGAUGCAGAAGCUUUCAAGCACCUUCACCACCCUUCAAGCUGUGCUGGAAGAUGCCGAAGACAAGCAAAUCGAGAGCAAGCCUAUUCGAGAUUGGCUGCAGAAACUCAACGCCCUUGCUUAUAAGAUUGAUGACAUCUUGGAUGAGUGCAACACUCAUGUCUCCAAACUCAAACACACUCGCAACAAACUCAGUCGCUACAGCCUCCAGAAGAUUUUGUAUCGUCACAAGAUCGGGAGGAGGAUGAAACAAGUCACAAAGCAACUGGAUGGUGUUGCUGCAGAGCGUGCUAAAUUUCAUCUGCUUGAGAUGCCUGUUGAUAGGCCAAGAGAAGUUGCUGCCUCACGUGAGACGGGUUCUCUGUUGAACCAUACUAAUCAGAUUUAUGGUAGAAAAAAAGAUAAAGAAAAGAUUGUGGGGAUAUUGUUGAAUGAUGUAAAGGAGAAUCAGGAUAUGUCUGUGUUGCCAAUCAUUGGCGUUGGUGGUCUUGGAAAGACUACUCUUGCUCAGUUAGUCUUUAACGAUCCGCGGGUGGUAGACCACUUUAAUAUAAGAAUUUGGGUUUGUGUCUCUGACAAUUUUGAGUUGAAGACUUUGGUGAAGGCAAUGAUAGAAGCUGCCACAGGGAGCGCGAAAGCUACGGAUCUGCACCAGUUGGAUGUUGUAGAGCACCAACUUUCGGACUUGUUGAGCCAAAAAAGAUAUUUGAUUGUACUUGAUGAUGUUUGGAACGACCAGCAAGAGAAAUGGUUUGAGUUGAAAGAUACUCUAUCAUGUGGUUCAACUGGUGCAUCCAUCAUUGUCACCACACGCCAAAAGAAGGUUGCUGAUAUAAUGGGAACACUUCCACCUCAUUUCCUAAAGGGGCUGUCAGAUGAGAAUUGUUGGAUGCUGCUAAGGUCACGUGCGUUUGGACAUGAAGAAGAGGCGUCUCUACAGUUGGAAUUGAUUGGGAAACAGAUUGUGAAGAAGUGUGCCGGCGUGCCCCUCGCUGCAAAGGCGCUUGGAGGAAUUCUACGAUUUAAAAGGACAAGAGAGGAAUGGAUAUAUGUGAAAGAGAGUGAAUUAUGGAAGCUCUCGCCAGAAGAGAGUUUGAUACUGCCAGCUUUGAGAUUAAGUUAUCAUCAUCUUCCGUUGCAGCUCAGACAAUGCUUUGCUUAUUUUGCAGCCUUCCCUAAGGACCAUGAAAUUGAAAAAGAAGAACUGAUUCUUCGAUGGAUAGCUCAUGGUCAUAUUCCAUCAAAUGGAAAUAUACAAGGGGAAGAUGUUGGAAAUCAAAUAUGUAAUGAGUUGUUACUCAGGUCUCUUCUACAAACAAGUGUUAGGAAUGACAAGUUCAUGAUCAUCCAUGAUCUUGUCCAUGAUCUAGCACAGUCAAUAAUGGAAAACAAAGUUCCCGGAAUACCAAGUGAUAGAAAUAUUCUAAGGGCAUCUACUAUUCGUGAGGUAAAUUUGGUAAACAAAACUAUCUUGUUUCCUAAAACUUUUCAGCAAAAUAUGAACAUUUCAUCCAUCUUGGAGCUCACAAGUUUAAGAGUAUUAUAUGCAAACUACAAGGGAAUAAAAGAUUUGUCUCCUUCAAUCGGCAAUCUUAAACAUUUGAGAUACUUGAAUUUGUCUACAUCUACAAUUCACACUCUCCCGAACUCAUUAUGUGCUCUUUGGAAUUUGCAAAUCCUCAACUUGGAUUAUUGUCAUAGUCUUGUGGCCUUACCUAAGAAGUUUACAUCCUUACAUAAUCUCCAACAUCUGUGUUUAUCUAGGUGUGAGUCGUUGUCUGAGAUGCCCUCUAGAAUAAGAGAGUUAACUAGCCUCAAAACGAUGAGUAUGUUUGUAGUAGGUGUCAAGAUUGGUAACCAACUUGAGGAACUGCAGUGCUUGAACCUCAGCGGAAAGCUUGAGAUUCGACAUUUGGAGAGAGUAAAAGACCACUUGGAUGCAAAGAAAGCAAAUAUGGCUGCCAAAAAGAAUCUCAAGGAGUUGAGCUUGUUGUGGGAAAGAGAUGAUUUAUCCAAGUUAGAGGAAGACAUUGAUGAAAAGGUAUUGGAAGCACUUGAACCUCAUCCCAAUCUUGAAUCUCUUCAAAUAAAAGGCUUUAGAGGUAGAUUUCUUCCACGUUGGAUGACAUAUUCAACUCUGGGAAAUGUUGUUAGGAUUAACAUAACAGACUGCCUAAAUUGUAGUUGCCUUCCAAAACUAGAAGAGCUUACUCAUCUUAAAAGGCUGGAGUUAAAGAAUAUUGGGGUGGAGUACAUUAUUGAAGAAAAUGGAAGUGGAAACCCAGUAAAGAUUCAGUUUCCUGCUCUGGAAGAGUUGAUUUUAUCAAAUAUCCCAAAUCUGAAGGGGCUUUCUAAGGAGCAACUGAGUAAUGAAGCAUUCCCAAAAGUUAAAAGCCUAUGGAUUCCACAUUGCACUUCAUUAAGACUGCAACAACUCCCAUUCCUCCAAAAGUUGGAGUAUCUAAAUUGCAGUAGCUCAACUCUGGCUUUAUUAUCUGAGCAGGACAUUCCUAGGGCUCUAUGUGUGUAUAUUGAGGAGAGCCUGACAUGUUUCCCAAUGGAAAUGCUGGUACAGUACCCUAAGCUCCGGUCAUUAAUAAUUAGUGAUGCAAAAGAGAUCUCUGUAACAAGAGGAGGUUUGGAAGCCUUAAAAGUGCUUACAUUUUUACGUUUAUUAAAUUUUGAUACAAUGACAUGUAUUCCACAAGGGAUGUUGCGAAAUCUAUCUGCUCUGCAAACCCUCAGUAUAAUAUCUUGCAGAGAAAUUGUAGAGCUGCCAGAAGAGAUUAAACAUCUUCAUAAUCUUCAAAAUAUACACUUAUCCCGACUUCCCAAGAUGGUGUGCUUAAGGAAACCUUUACAACACCUCCCCACACUCGAAUAUCUAUACCUAAGUGAACUUCCUGAGCUGAAUUCACUCCCAGACCAGCUACCAUCUCUUCACAGACUCAAAGUUACUGCAUGCCCAAAGGUUGUAUCUGUUCCAGCUCUACCAAAUGCCAAAGAACUAAGAAUCAUUGCAUGCCCGCAACUAGAAAGACGAUGCCAUAGAGGAACAGGAGAGGAUUGGCACAAGAUUUCCCACAUUCGCCGUCUUCGAAUUCAUUAUAGCUAACUCCACUCCAUUCCACAGUGCUCACUCGACUUACUUAACGAUCGAAGUGGAAUUAUUCAGCAACUUCAGAAGCUGACAAUCUGCAACAUCCCUUGUUGAAUACAUGUCACUUUGUAACAAUAAUAUAGACAUAAACUCGAAAGGUCACCUCAAAGUAUUUGAAAGGAGGAAAAGAGACAAGAAUGGAUGUUUUGGUGAUGGAGAAUCUUCUAUACAGACGCAAUAUCACACGACUGUAUGACCUCAAAGGUUCAGCUCGAUCAAGAUAUAAUCCAGAUUCAAGUGGAAGCAAUAAAGUUUUGCUUGAUCAGAAUCUGAUAGAGGCUAUGCCAACCUCUCCUAUUUUCUUGGGAACAAAGGCAAAACGUCUGCUAGAGAGAGCUGUGUGGAACGAUACCGCAUUUCUUGCUUCAAUAGACGUGAUGGACUACUCGCUUCUUGUUGGCGUUGACGAGGAAAAGCACGAGCUGGUGGUUGGGAUAAUCGAUUUCAUGAGGCAAUACACAUGGGACAAGCAUCUGGAGACAUGGGUGAAGGCAUCAGGCAUUCUCAGCCAAUAAUACCACUACCUUCCUUACAUUGCAAGCUUCUCUCCACUAAUGGAUUUGAGAAGAUUCUCUCGACGUGAAAGAAAACUCAGAGCUGUGAGUUCAGGGCGAGACAAGAAUUGAAGCCGUGGUAAUUUUUCUCUUGGAUGUGUUGGUCAUAAGUUGAACUAAUCUGAUUGAUCUGCUACAGAUAAUGUUUCAUUGUCCUUUUUUUUUGGUAAUGUGUUCAUCAUUUGCUUUAUCAAAUCCUUAAUUAUUUGUUUCAACAGAUAUUGUUUGUCAAUAUUACAUUAGCUUUAUCAUAUCCUUAUAUCAAUAUCUAUUGAUUGGUAAA